AUGUCUUCAGAUACAAAAGCUGGCUCUGUAGUAAGACAUCCUUACUUGCCUAAAAGUCUCAGCCUUCCACAUUAUGUUCCAAACGCUAAAGAUCUAACCGAAAUCCUAGGAUUUCUGGGAGUCACGUCCCUGCUCAUUGUUGUUGGGACUUGGAUAUACACCGGCCGGCGUAAGGAACCCUUCAACUUCAUAAGAAGGGUAGCUCUAUGCUGGUUUAUGUUGUGUGCUUUUAUACAUAUAGUUAUUGAAGGUUACUUUGCCGUAUAUCACGCCACACUUGCAGGUCACACGUCACUACUGGGAGAAAUGUGGAAGGAGUACGGGCGUUGUGAUAGUCGCUAUAUCAGCUCUGACACAUUCACAGUCUGCAUGGAACGUAUUACAGCAGUCAUUGAUGGACCCCUGGCGUUGAUGACAUUUUUUGCCUUCAUGAACGGAAGCAACUACCGCUAUGCCCUGCAGAUGAUUCUGUCCUUGUGCCAGCUCUAUGGAGAUGUUCUGUACUUCCUCACAGCAAUCAAAGAUGGCUUCAUUCACGGACCCACAGACAGCUACUUGUAUUUUGGCUUCUACUUUCUGUUUUUAAAUUCCUUGUGGAUUUUAAUCCCAAGUGUACUAAUCAUAGACUCAGCUCAUCACAUUGCAGCGUGUCAAACAGUGUCUGACUUCUACAUUGAUGAGUACAAUCGUCGGCAGGGCUCUCAUACUCAAAACAAUCACAAGAAGCUUCAUUAA